GUUUAUUAAAUUUCUUGCGAGUUGCAGUUUAAGAAAUCGAGCGUCUGCUAUAUGAUCUCCGUCUGCAAAAAAUCCGUCGACUAGUCAGUUUGUUUCUUUUUCAAGGAAUUUGACUUCGUUUUCAGACUAGGCUUCCUUUUCAAUCAUUCCCAUAGAUUCGAGAAAUGAUCACAGGCCUGUUACAAAGUUGAUAGUCUUUUGAAACUCGUUAAACGUAUGACGUGAUCUCGAUUCCUCCUUAAGUGCCCCGUUACUGGACGCUACCCGAGCCUUCGUUAAUAGAGCGACGCCACGACGAUCGCGGGGCGCUCGCAUGCGCGUCCUUUCCGCGUUACGCAAUCUUACGGUAUCAACGACAAAGCAGCGUACGAAGAGAGCCGAGCUGGUCAAAUUGCAGUCGUACGAUUACGCUACGGUGGCUGGAUUUUGCAUCGAUCCGCGCGAUAACUGUUUCCCUGGGAACAGAACGCGAAACAAUAUUAAUGCAUUUUGGAACAAAUUGCUCCGUAGGGAGUUGGGCAUUAUUUAAACGAAAAUUGAAACAGUCAUUCAGAAAGUAUAAUCAAAAGAAAAGAUAAUCGUUGCCCAACUCUGGUCCCGUGCAAUAUUAUUAUACUUAUAAGCUUUUUCUUGUCUACAUCUUUGCUUUGAACCACCACGUGGAUACGAUAAUCGUACGACUCGUUAUAGCGCGUACAAUUCCCGCAAGAAUGCAGUUUAAACAGGCAUUCAGUCUUCCUACGGUUACAUAGAUCUCAAGUUACUCAGAUUCACGUGUCUUGUAAAUGGCCUAUCAGUUACCGUAUAUAAUACGUUUGUCACACUCGUAUAUCUAUCUACACCUUUAACCAACAGCAUUUUCUUUCGUGUCUUCGCUCCUAAAAACAAAUAUCCAUACUUGGAUAUGUUCGAACAUCCUGUUGAUUAUUUCGAUAGAGAAUCGAUUGAAAUAAUCCGCAUGAGAUAAGCGGCAUGGCACGAUCGUUUCAUAGCGGAGGCCAGGAUUUUAUAAAUACACGAGACCACGUGAAAGAAACGGUGUGCGCCGGUGGACCGAGUUUCGUGGUUCGUCGGUUUACGAGACGGCGCGACGUACGUGUACCAAAAAUAAUCGGAACAUAUCGCCGGUCCCGAGACUUCGAAACGCUAAGGUAUAAACGUGGACGUGCUGCCGGCUAGAACAGGAUGAGGUGAUCCCCCGAAACUCGUGCUGGAUUCUUCGUUCGCUGGUUUAGUGCGAAGAACGGAAAUCUCGAUCGCGAAUAUGCAACUGAGGAUAGGGUACUGUUGGUUCGUUCUUGUCGGCUGCAUCCAAUGCGCCGGCUGCUACGACAGACACGCGCACACAGUGGCGCAAUGGGCAAAGACCUUGGGCGCCGAAUUAUGGGAACUCGCGGAGAAGGUGGCGCGACCAGACGAACUAUUAAGCAAAUACAAAGCGAUGAAUACGCGAGUGGAGGACAAGUCCGGGGACGAAUUAGUGAGCAUAAUCAGCGAGAACGUCGGCAGGAUGCUGAGAAGAAAGAUGGACGCGGUGACCUGCAUCCGCAUAGAGGCUGAAAAAGGCGCGCGGAAUUGGACGGACCACGACGAUCUGGAAGACUUUAAAUACGUUUCGGGAAAAUACAGCGUCGUGGAGGGCGGGUCUCUGCCAAAAUACCCUGAGAAUAUAGGGAACAAUACCAAAUUUUACAGGAACAUAACGUUGACGCCGGACUCGCAUUUCUACAACAUACCUGUAAACACAAGCUUCUCGUCGGUGCACGUGCCAACGAACGUGUACGAUAUGGGACCAGCGGUUUGGAAGGAUAUAGAGAAGACCGAGCAUCUCGACAGCGUCUUUCAGCAAAACUACGAAUCGGACCCGGCGUUGUCUUGGCAGUAUUUCGGCUCUAUCACGGGCAUGCUGAGACAGUAUCCUGCUAUGCAGUGGAGGACGGAUCCUAUGUUGAACGACGAGGAGGAAGACGACGGCGACGAGGGACCGCCUGAUAUAUACGAUUGUCGAGUACGCAGUUGGUUCAUCGAGGCUGCCACCUGCAGCAAGGACAUGGUGAUCCUGAUGGACACCAGCGGUAGCAUGACCGGCAUGGGAAAGACGAUCGCCAGGACAACGGUGAAUAUGAUUCUGGACACCCUGUCGAACAACGACUACGUGACCGUGUUGAGCUACACGGACGAGACGUACGACAUCAUCGACUGCUUCAAGGACAUGCUAAUCCAGGCCACCCCGGAAAACGUGGACACGUUUAAAAAAGGAAUAACGUCCGUGAAAACUGAGGGUCUCGCGAACGUGACCGAAGCCUUCAACAGAGCGUUCAACCUUCUCAGAAAUUACAGGGAGUCGCGUGGGUGCGACGCGGACAACCCGUGCAAUCAGCUAAUAAUGCUGGUGACGGACGGCGUUCCUGGAAACUUAACCGAGGUUUUUAAAACGUGGAACUGGCAGGACAACGACACUCACAUCCCCGUGAGGGUGUUCACGUAUCUUCUUGGAAAAGAGGUAACGAAGGUCCGCGAGAUCCAGUGGAUGGCCUGCCUCAAUCGCGGUUACUAUACGCACGUCCACACGCUAGAGGAAGUUCGUGAACAGGUCCUGAAGUACAUACCCGUCGUUGCCCGACCUAUGGUUCUCCAGGACGUCGUGCACCCUGUCGUAUGGACUCACGCUUACGCGGACAUAACGAAUCCGGCACUCGCCACCUGGCUGUGGCUGGUGAUGAAGCAUCCGGAGCAACGAUCACGUCUUCAGAAACAUCUGAAAGGGAAACGUCUGGGCGUGCGAAUAAAUGAGGACGCUAUCUACAUACAGCAGCUCCACGAGGACGAGGACGUUCUAGAGGACCCGUCAACGCUGAACUCCACCGCUUGGCAGGAGUACAGGCUCCUCACCUCCGUCAGCACGCCGGUGUUUGACCGCAAAGGCAACAAACGCUACAAUAACACGAGGUUAGCGCAUCUGUUGGGUGUGGCAGGCACGGACGUGCCAAUUGACGACAUCCGAAAGCUCACGUUGCCGUACAAGCUCGGAGUGAACGGGUAUGCCUUCAUCGUGUCCAACAACGGCUACGUGAUACUGCAUCCGGACCUGAGGCCCGUCUACAAGGGCAGGCUCAAGCUGAAUUACAACAGUAUCGACCUCACGGAGGUCGAGAUCCUGGACGACGGACUUGGGCCUAGGAACCCGGGACCGGAGAUACUGGAGCUGCGUGCCGCGCUGGUGGAUCACAAAAGGGGCAGCACGAUGGGAGUUCCCGUGAAAUUGCAUUACGACGAUAAUCGUCGGGUGAAUCUGGAGAGACGCGACUACUUUUACGCGCCCCUGCCCGGGACGCCUUUCGGUGUUGCGGUCGCCAUAUCAAACUACGGCACAACUUGGAUCAAGGUCGGAGACGAAAUCCGCAGGAACCAGAACAUGAACGUGAAGAUCUCCGAUUUCUUCGUGGGCGAUCGCUGGAGAGUGCAUCCGGGCUGGGUGUACUGUCGCUACCACUAUCUGGAAGGUCACGAGUUCGAUAGCUCGGAGGACGAGCUGAGACACUUCCUGGAUCUGUUGAACAAGCCGGACUGGCGUUGGUCGGAGCAGUACGCCUCCUACCCGAUCAGCGACGACGACCUCGUCGACGAACCUGACUGCGGUAGACAGACCAUGUCGCACGACGACUAUUAUUGCAACAAAGAGCUGAUGCAGCUAUUGGUCUUCGACGCGAAGGCUACGAACGCGAGCUUCAAUAACGAUUUCGUAUUGGAGGGCCAACGAGCGCGACAUUUAGCCGAGAUGUAUGGGAUAUUCUUGAGAUUCGUCGCCACGCAGAGCGGCCUGACGAGGUGGCAUGAUUUGGACACGAACAAACUGCCCGAAGACGACGAUGGCAUUGUUUUUGGCGAUCUUCAUAGGAGGGCGGUGAACGAGCCUUGGUACAAGGGCGCUAUUUUUCAGAAUAAUAUAGAUCCAAACAGUAUAUCCGUGACAGUUCCCUGGGAAGCAGGCCCGAACGCAAUAGUCACCGCCUCCAUGGGAAUAUUCCCAAGAGACGGUGGCAAAACAGCACCGGCCGCCGUGGUGGGCUUCCAAAUGCCCAUGUGGGAUUUUUACGAGAGAUUCAUUGACUUGACAUCGGACCCAGAAAAUCCAUCCAUGAACUGUUCUCACGUGUGGAUGGACUGCUAUUUGCUCGAUCAAAACGGUUACGUGGUGAUAUCCGAGGCGCACAACGACACCGGUCAGUUCAUGGGAACGCAGGAAGGGGCUGUGAUGAACUCCAUGGUGGGCCAAGGUCUCUUCAACCCAGUCGAGAUUUACGAUUAUCAAGGCUGGUGCGACGAAGUUCGUGUCCAGGGCGCGGCCAGCACUCUGACGGACCCUCUGAUGUACGUCUGGAAAUUGUUGCUCUGGUUUCUGCUGCGUGUGACGUGGUUCACGACCCAGUUCGUCAACUUGCCAGGCGGUCUGGCCAAAAUGCACUUCGACGAGGACAAACCGGAGCCACCGCCGCCGCCGAAACUCUAUCUCUACCAUUAUCCUUGCGACCAGAAGAGGACCCUUUACAUGAUGAAUUACACGAUCGCGGACCAGGGUAUCACCAAUCAGACGGAGACCUUUUGCUCGAGGCCGUUCUAUGCGCGUAGGGUACCGUACACGAACCUGCUGCUGGUGGUCGUCGACGCGAUGUACCCGACCUGUUACAAAAGAUUAGAGGUGACGCCAGUGAUCAUUUCGCCGCUGGAGUACACGAACGGUACAGGGAGUGCGCCGUGCCAUAAACUUCCGCUGAAUGACCUUAAAAGGAGGCGCCUGGAGGGUUGUUUUACGGAGCAUCCGUUGGAGCACGAAAUCGACGAGUGCGGUGGCGCGUCGGGACUCGCCGUGUCUUUAUUACUGUUCUCCGCUGUUAUCGCUAAAAUUUUAUGUACAUUUGUGUGACUGUCCGAGGGAAGAAUUAUCGGUCGUUCAAUUAACGACGAGAACCACGCACCGUGGAAUACGCCGCUCGAAAUAAUUGGGACAAACUGGGGAACUGACUUAUUCGAUAUACCUCGAUCAAGGGAUCUCGUAUCGAAAUUAUUCGAGUACUUAUUUCUAGGUUUAUUCGGAAUAAACAAGCUUCCUAAUUGUUGCGAGCAGCGUGGCUCUUUUUAAUGUCUCACCCAAACAAUGACCAACCGCAAGAACUUAUGGAGGAUUGUGAAUUUAUUAUAAGAAUAAAGAAGAUACGCUUCCA